CCCUGGACAGCAUUGUUGCUGUCAAAAACCCAACUUGUUUUUUUUAUUUCAGAACUGUUACAAGCUUGUCACAAGUGACAAGUGCCAGUGAACACACAAUGCUUUGUAAAUUAUUCAUCUCUAUAUUUUUUUUCCUUCACUUCUAGCACAAGUAUAAAAAAAAAAAAAGCAAAAAAAAAAAAAAAAAAAAUGGAAGAGAGUAAGAAAAAGAAGAAACCAGAAGAGCAAGUUCAAGAGCCUGAAUCAGAUUUACCAGAAGCCUUACUAGAAUAUCACAUUGUGGCAAAAGAAGCAACAAUUGCACGGGUUUUGUUUCAUCUGAAAGGAUUGGAAGAAAAGAUCAAAGAAAACAUUAAAAAGAAUGUUCUUCUGAAGGAAGAACAGAAGGUGCUUAUCAGGCGCUUAGUAAGGCAAAUAGAAGAAAAGGAGAAAAAACGAGAUGAGAAGGAGGUUGUAACCAGGGAUGAUGUGGAAGAGUCACUGAAAGCAGUUUUUCAGUUUGUGAAGGACAAAGAACAAGUUAUUCAAGAUCUGCGCUCCCAAAUUGAAGAAACUAAGAAAAAAAUUGCAGAAAAGCAGCGUGAGAGAGAUUAUUGGUUGGAGUACAAAAAUGUCGGAAGUAAAAUACAUGCUGAGAGGAUUAGCACUCUGGAAAAAGAUAUUGCAGAUGUCAAAUAUGAACUUGAAAGAACUGAAGAAUAUUAUAGAGAAGCUUUGAAAGUUGUGAGAGAAGAAAAUCAGAAACUGUUUGACAGGCACAUGAAAUUACUCAGUGAAGAAGCUCUUAAGAAUGCUGUGGGAUACUUAGACAAAAACUGUCGCAGAGAGAUUGAAGAGAAUGAGUGGCUAAAAGAAGAGGUUAAGAUCUACCGAAAGGAAGAAAGGGAUUUGAAAGCUUCUGUCCAGCUCCUGGAAGAAGAAAAUGCCAGUUUAGUGGCAAAACUGAUUGAUAUCAAACUUCAGCAUCUAAGAGUAUCAGGGCAUUUGUUUCAUACAAAGGGAGCUGGCUUGCAAGAACUUCCUAAGGAUGAAAUGAAAAGGGAAAACAGAGAAUAUGCAGCAAAGACAGAUGGAAAGAGCCUCAGAAGUGCCUUUCCAAAGAUUCGGUCUAAAACAGAUUAUAAGAAGCCUCCAGACAGUGAUGAAAAAGCAUGGAAAAAAAUCUUCACUCCAGCCCUGGACAGCUUGUUGUAUGAAGAUGAAGAGUUCCAGGCAUACUUAAAAUUGGGACCUCUGAAGAGAAAGCUGUACGUGGUUGGAAAAGCUGUGCCUGCUUGUAAGGAACCAGAAGAAAUGCCAAGUGGGAGCCACAGAGAAGAGGACACUGUUGGUAAAUUAGAUGGGCAUAUCACAGCUAAGAUGAUCAAGGCCUUAUUUAAGGAAAAUGUUGAUGAAAACUAGACAAGCUGUGCUGUUUAUACAGAAAUGUAACAUUCUCAGUUCAUUAAAUAUUUGCUCUCUUCUGUGUGGCAUGGGGCUUUGAGGAAACUA